UGAUGUAAUUUGCUUGGACUGAUGCUGAAGUAGAAAACAAUAAUAAAUGGAAUUAUGAUGAUGAUAGACGAUUAGAAGAAGCUUUUAAGGUAUAUGGACCAUAAUGGAAGAAAAUAGCAGAAUAUUUAACAGGGAAAACAGAUUAAGAAUGCGUUGUAAGAUGGACUUAAUUAAAGGUAAAACUUAAUUAUAUUUAAUUAGAGUGGAAAGAAGACUCCAUGGACUAAAGAAGAAGAUGAUAUGUUAAAAGAGUUAGUGUAAAAAUAUGGUGAAAAUUGGAAUGAAAUUGCUUAAAUCAUGAAAAACAGAACAGGAAACUAAAUUCGAAAUAGAUAUAUCAAUCAAAUAAUUGCACCACCUGCAAGACCAUGGACUCAAGAUGAAGAUGAUUAAUUAAUGAUAUUAUAUAGACAGUAUGGGGCAAAGUGGACUUAGAUUGCUAAACUUAUGAAAGAUAGAUCUGUAAAUAUUAAUGUUAAAUUUAGGAAAUAAUGGUUAAGAAUAGAUUCUAUACUAAACACAAAGAUUAAAAUUGCAAAUUGGGUUUAGUAAUAUUUAAAUUUAAUUUUAAUAGAAAAUUUAGGUUUAAGAUUAAGAAUUCGAAAAGUAAGAAGAUCAAGAGAUAAAGACAAUUAAAACUGAAACAUCUUGUAAAUAAGAAAUAGAUUAAUUGGAACCAUAAAUUAAUAAAAAAAUUGAUAACAAAUAAUUAGAAUAAUAAAGAGAUUCAAACAUUCGUUAUUUAUGUCCAAGAAACUUCUUAUUUAAAUUUGAAUAAAUGCUUGAAGCUAGUCCAGGAGAACCCAAAAAAAUUAUUUGGAUUCCUGUACCAGUUAUUAGAUUGAUUCCAAAAAAUAAUACAACUGAAAAUUAAAAUGCAAAAAAUCCAAUAGAGAUUUUAAAAGAAGAGGAAUAAUGA